GGGGGGAGGCAGUGUCCGGAAGAAGCUCUGCUAACAUGGCGGUUAUAUUUUUCACUCCAUGCUUUGGUUGUGAGCAUAGCGUUUAGGUGUAAUGACUGUUUUAAAGUGCGCGGCUGCAGAGAGGAGCAUGCUGCCGGGAUGCUGACGGCCGCGGCUCGGAGCUGAGUCUGCGGUCCCUCCCCCCGCCGCUGUCUCUGCGUCCGUCCGUCUGUCCGUGCCGUGACUUGUGACCCAGUUUGGUUUGAUGAGCUCGGAUGGCAGGAACACAGAGAUCACAGAGUGACAUCUUUACUCAGCAAGUCAUACUGGACUCGGAGAAGGAAAAAAAAUUGCCCCUGUGAACAAACUUCAUAAAACCUAACAAUGAGUGAAGUAUCUGUGGAGGUAGAUGAGGAUGUGAUAAAACAGGACCCCGCUUUGGAGCCCCUCGCAGAGCCGCUGCUGAUAAUCCUGUCCCCGCCUCCACCUUUCUUGCCUGUCCCCGGUGAGCCAGCCUUGCUUUGGUCUAAAUGGCUCAAAGCGUUCGAACACUAUGUCGAAGCACUCAGUGAAAAAGAGCUGGUCGACUCCAGUAAGUGUCUACUCUUACAGAACUGCCUUGGCCCGGAGGGGCAGCGUAUCUUCACAACACUGAUCCAAAAUGACACCACCUACGCAGCAGCCAUAUCAACACUGACAGCUUACUUCAGCUCUGAUUACACCACUCAGAUGCACCGCCUUAAAUUCCACCAAAGGGCUCAGAUGCCUGGAGAGACUGUAGAUCAGUUUGUGUCUGCUUUAGAAGAGCUCCUCAGGCCUUGCAGUUAUGGACACUUGAAGGAUGAACUCCUCUUGAAUCAGCUGAUUGAGAAAACAAGCUACCCACAGCUCAGAGAGAGGCUUCUGACUGGGAGAGAAAGUCUGACUUUGGCCACAGCGUUAGUUAUUGGUAAAGAAGUGGAAACCUUGCUAAAUGGAUCUCAGCUGUUUGAUAUUCAUGAAGUCAGCGUGGACAUUGGAGAUGAUUUAGAACCACCGGUUCAAAGAAAAGCUAAAAGAGGAAGGCCUCGCCGUGGGGAAAAAAGGUCAAAAACAAACACGCGCUUGACUAAAACUCAAUCACUCAAACCCAAAGGUAACUGCUACAAGCUAUGUAAUAAUGACAAUGAUGCAGAGUCUCAGACUACUAGUGAGACCAAUGUGACUAAUGAUAAUGAAAAUAGAACUUCGUCUUCAUCUUUACAAAAGCUGAACGAGGACGGCUGUAAAAAAACUAGCGAUGGUUUUGAGGAUGACGACAACGCCAAUGAUGAGGACUUUGAUCUGUUUUCAACUAAACCGAAAGGUCCCUACUGUCCCAUCUGCCCCGAUCGCCGCUUCAGAGACGCUCACAAGCUUGCCAGACACAUGAGGACUCACACGAAGGAGAAACCGUUCACCUGCCCUGUCUGCUCUAUGAGCUUCAGCCAGUCAUACCACAUGACCCGACACCUGAGGAACCAGCACGGUGCAGGACAGCAUGUCUGCACUACCUGUGGGAUAACUUUAGAGAGCUUUGCAGAGUUGAAAAGUCACAAGAGGAAGCACAAGUCAGAUGUUCUGUCAUAUCCAGAAUGUCGUGAAAAAUUAUCCAACAGCGACGUGUUUCCUAGUCAUGUCGAGUCAGACAGCAAAUGUUUCUUUACCCAAACAGAGGGACAAAGUUCUCAGCAAAUCGAGAGAGUCAAAGUGAAGAUUGAAGAAAUAACAAGUGACGAUCCAGCUUUCGGUAACAGGGAUUUUCAGGAUACGGGAUCCAAAGUGAAUGUUGUGACGGAAGAAGGAAAUUCCGAUGAAUCACCAUCUCAAGAUGAAGGGAGACCGAAAGAAAACCCCACCGCCACUGCGAAAACAAAAGGCCAUUUCUGUCCCGUCUGCAUAAACAGACGCUUCAGAGGGCCAAACAAACUCGCCAGGCACAUGAGGACACACACAAAGGAGAAACCCUUUAGCUGUCCUGUCUGCGCCAUGACUUUUAGCCAGUCCUACCACAUGACCCGACAUGUGAGGAACCAGCACAACCUGGGCAAAUACAUCUGCUCUAAAUGUGGCAAAAGUUUCAGUAGCUGGCUCGAUAUGAGAGCGCACAAGAAAACCCACGCAGUCGAAGGCCUGACGUGUCUCGCAUGCGAUAAACAGUUCAAGGAGAAGGCUGCGCUUGCGAGUCACCUUAAAUUACACAAGAAGGUUGCGUCGGGUCCUCGAAGCCUCGUCUGCGGCGACUGCGGCAAAGAAUUCCGCCGAAUGUAUCACUUGAAACGGCAUAUAGUGACUCAUAGGAAAGCAUCGAAUGGGGAGUGUUUCACAUGCCCUGAUUGUCAGAAAGACUUUGCCUUCUUGGAAGACCUCAACAAACACCUGGAGGUACAUGUGAAAGAAAACAAGGGGACCUGCCCAAAGUGUAAUGAAACCUUUGGUAGUCUAGAAGAACUGGAGGCACACAUGGCGGUGCAUCAGAAGUCUUAUUCCUGCAGCACGUGUGGAAAGAAGUUUAAAGUUGAGUAUGCUCUGAAGAAGCACGAGCAAAGUCAUGGAGGCGAACAGUAUUACUGUGCACUGUGCCGCAAACACUUCCUCAAGCUUUCUCACUAUAAGAGGCACUUAAUGGUCCACAACAGGCGCGAAUCUAAAUGUCCACACUGCGACACUGUCUUUCUGCAGUUAACCGCUUUGAAGUAUCACCUGCGGACUCAUACUGAAGAACGACCGUACCAGUGCACCUGUUGUAUUGAAACCUUUGAGGAGAGGGAAGAUCUAGAGCAGCACUGCCUCAAACACAGAAAAUUCAAGAAGGAGAGGCCCUACUCCUGCACUCGGUGCGAUUUUGCUUUCUCCACCCUGAUGGAGCUGACGGAACACAUGAGUUCACACGAGGGAGAGCAGCCGCAGACCUGCUCCGUCUGCGGGAGGACGUUCCUGAACAAGAAUAAGCUGGAGAAGCACCUGACGAUCCACACGGGGGAGAGACCUCACCUCUGCUCCAUCUGUGGGAACGGCUUCCCCUCCGCAGCGAGCCUCAAGCUACAUGUGCACAUCCACACGGGAGAAAAACCUUACCAGUGUUCACAGUGCAGUAAGAGUUUCAGGUCGUCCAGCGGGCUGCGCCUACACAGCAGACAGCACAUGGAGGUUCGGCCCAUUUACGAGUGUCCCCAGUGCGGUAGAACUUACGGCCGCAUGACAGAGCUGAAGAUGCACCAGCGCUAUCACACGGGAGAUAAACCGUAUGCGUGCACCUGCUGCAGCAAACGCUUUAUUAGCAAAGACAAACUAAAUGUUCACAUGAGGAUACACACAGGGGAGAGACCGUACUCCUGCCCCCACUGUGGACAGACUUUUACACAGACCGGGGACAGAAACAGACACAUCAGUAAAUUCCACCCGUAAGUGCAGUGAAAGGAAAACAACAAAGGCUUGGUGGUUACUUUCAAAUGACCGUACCAGUGGUUUUGCGUGUUUGUUGGAGUUUGAUGCCUUACUAAUAUUUGAGGAAGAAUACAAAACCAAAAUGUAUUACAAACAUAACUAAGGCAAAUUUAGGCUGACAUGAACAUGAAAGAUGAGGUAACAUAAUUGGUUUUGUUUAGGAACAACACUAAUAGAUCAGUACCUUUUUGGCGGUCCCAAUAAAGACUUGUUAGUGCUUAACUGGAGAUUUUUGUGAAGCCAGACUUCACAAAUGGGCAAAGUCUAAAUGCAGCAGAUAUUGUGAAAGACAUAAUUUUUUUAUGAGCUUUUCAGAAGAAUCAAGAUUAAUGCCUUUUUGGUCAUAGUAAUGAUUUAUGAACCCAUGCCAGGAUUUCCACUACUCACACGUCACUUUUAACACAGCCUUCCAGUAUGAUUGUUGUCCCCGCCUCUUGCAUACAGAGAUUUCUCUGAAUUCUGACUGAAUUUUUGAUGAUCAUCUUCUUGAGUUAGCCCACACAACCCCUCACCUCUUUACUUCUAAGUGGCUUACAAAUCAUUUGAUUCUGUUCAUUGACAUUUGGCAGUGAGGGUGAAAACUGAUGUUGAGUCACAGAUGAAAAGCCAGUCACACAGAGCUGCUGUUCAUCUGUCUUAAAUGUUUUCUGUGAGAGAGAAUAACCUGUUUAAUGUGCUAAAAACAGCACUUUAUAACUUUCUUAUAGCACGUAUACUAAGCCAAAAUGCGACGCCUAUUGGAGACAAAAGACAAAUUACACACAAGCGGCAUGAAAGAAGAAAACUCCCACUUCUUAAAUGCUCAUUUCUUUACUACUGAAAAAAACUAUUUAAAUUAACGCAGACAGCCCAAUUCCCAUCAGGAUAUGAUUUUUCUGAAAAGCUCAUGAAUGUGCUGCUUUUUGCUUCUAACUUUUACUUGAUGGGGAAAAAGCAUCCAGAACCACAGUACUGGUGUCAAAUGGUUUCUGUGUGCACAGUAAGAUGCCUGACAGUUUGUCUCUGCUGUUUUCUGCAAGUUUCACAGCUGGACUGAAGAAGUCGUAUCAUUACUCUAGAAAUACAAAAGCUCUGCAUGACAGUUUAUUCUUUGAGGCUCACAGUUCUCACUCCUGUGCCUGACAUAUCCUCCUCGUGAAGCACUUUUGUAAAGCACCCUGGUCUUACAGACUGUCACACUCGUGACCAGCAUGUGAAUCUUUGGCCUGCUCAGAUCUGCAGACACAUACUGAACGCUCAGACACCAAAACCUUUCAGCGAUCGCGAUUCAGCAUAUUUAUCUGUGUGUGUGUGGGCAUAUCUUACACGUCUGAUUCUUUUUACGUUUUGCUUCUCUGAAAGUGAGCAUUUUGUAACUGUGUUUAGAAAAGUGUCCUAAGAAUAAAACUUAUUCACUUCACCAGUACGUGUUGUGAGACUGUAUAACCACAUCAGAUGUGUACAAAGAAACAAAGGAAUGAACGUUGUUCCACUUUUCAUCUGUUAGUUACUCAAAUUCGCUUCAGAUGUCGAGUCCUGUGACACAAAAUAGUUUUCCCUCGAGGGGGAGGGAGUAUGUGACUGGUUCUGUUUGUUAGCAGUUUAGCAUUCACAGUUUUCAAGAUAUUUUCUAAUUUUGUGUGGUGGUAGAUGCCAAUAACAAGCUUGAGCUGAUUUAGUUUUGGUGAAACUCGGGUCAGGUCACACCAAAUGUGAAAAACUUUACAUUCCCCACAAUCUUUUAUGGAUUAGUUUUAAACUUUACAACAAUAUACUAGGCGUUGGGGGACAUGAGUACCCAGGUUUGCUAUAUCAAAACUAUAUCGAGUAAUAUAUGAUAUGAAAGGACAUGGCGAGAGCUAUACAACACACUUUUUACUUUUUCAAUACAACGACACAGUGGCGCCAUACCAGGUUAACGCCUGACUGUAAUAAAAUAUCAGAGUUUUAGUAAAGACGUUGCCUUUCAGGUGGGCGUUGUGCUCUCUGAGUGCUCUUUGUUUUUGAUGCUACUCACGAGAAUGAAGAAGCAGCACUGUGUCAGACUUUGCUGCUGUCAUGUUGUAAAGAGAGCAGUAAUGGCAACAGGCAUAUUAUUGUUUUCAGUUCUGUACACCAGCAGAAAACAGAACAAAGGAGGGGAUCUUCUACCCAGCCCAGUCUGCUAUUUAACAAAAAAACUCUUUUCCAUCAAAGCUUCUGCAGGCCAGACUGCCCUGAUAGCUUUUGAAAAUCACCCACAUUUCGAGUGGCUUGAAAACCGACUAUUGUGUGGCAAUAUAUUUCUGUGGAGGAAAAAACAAAGCUGUGUGUGUUACAUGUGCCAUGUACCAAUUCUUGGUUAAUUUCUUGCAGUAAAAUGUUCCAUAUUUAAUUAAUUUAAUAGGAUGAAGUUUUUGUUUUGGGGAAUUUUUCUUGUUUCUUGUGGAAGGGUGAUCUUUUGUGGAAGGUAAAGAAGUACAUAGAACUUGCAUUUGUUGGCAUAAAAUGAAUGCAAGGGAGAAAGAAGAGACUAAAUGAAUAUUUAUGAUGACAUAAAGAGGUAUAAAGGAAAUGAGUUAAUAAAGUUGUCAGAAGUGGUCAGGAAACAGCCAGGUUAACAUAAGGAAAAGGCAAAACACACUCAGAGUCACUGAGACUAAAAUAUGAUACAUCGAUUUUAAUUAGACCUGUGUCUAUAUAUUUUUGCAAAACAACCUCUGAAGGCAAAGUGUAAAUCACCUGACAUAUGAAAUAACAUGUUACACUACAGUUGCUGAGAUGUGCUCCCAGAAGGGAUACACGUCUGAAGAUUUCCACACGUCACACGUGGGGGAAGCACAGGCGUUAGUUACCUUUUUCACCCUGCCAUUCUCACAGUGUGAACAGUAGUUAAAUAUGUGGAUUUUUAUUGAUGUAGAUUAAAAAAGGACUUUCACAUAUUAAGGUAGUAAUUGUAUGUUGAAUGCAUUAAGCAUGUUCAACUAUUUUCUUUUAGUGAAAUAAAAGGCCAGUAAUUCUUUUUAAUUUUUUAAGGUAGGGUGAAAAAAAUAUAAACUGAAAAAAGUAAAAACAAAAGCAGCAUCAGGCUUGAUAGGUGGCAGUGACGUCUGAGUUUAUGAAUUAUAUAUUUAGUUAUUGAGGGAUAUUAGAUCAAACAAUUGUAAUUUAGCUGCGGUCGUCUGUAGGUUUGUGUUUCAAAGGGUGCAGUGUAAAGGAGGAGACGGCACACUGUGGUGCUGCAGUUAGAUACAAACACCGCUGACUUUAAGAUCUGCUUCUUUCACGUAACUGUAAACGACCUGUC